UGGGCGGGUGCUAUCUUGAGCAGCAAGAAGCCAUCACAAUGAACGGAGAAGGCGGCGGCAGUGCGCCCCAUCAGACGUUGUCAGCAAUAGGAAAGGCACUGUACGAGACAUCCCUCUCGAUGUCGUCCGAUCAGCCCAGCAUCAACAGGCAGACACAGCAAGGUGGCAGCACAUCAACGCCUACGACGACGGCAUCUGGCGUUAAACGCGAACGUACCGACAGCUUGAAGCAGCUGCUUCCGCCUCCAGCUGCACAACGCGCCAAGGGAAAGGGAAUCAAACCCAGUCCCAUCGUGACCACCAACCUCGACCAUGUGCCCGACGCAACGCCAGGAUCGGCGCGCGGCGGCGACAAGAGCAACCCGCGGCGGUGGUCCAAAGCCGAAGACGAGUCCCUUCGCGUCGCCGUCGAACGAAGUGGCGAGCGCAACUGGAAAGCGAUUGCCGACCAGGUCGUCGGUCGAAACCACACGCAGUGUCUGCAGCGAUGGACAAAAGUUCUCAAGCCUGGCCUCAUCAAGGGGCACUGGACGCCCGAAGAAGACGCCAAGCUGCGCGCGUUGGUCGCCGAAGGACGCAAGAACUGGGGCCAAGUGGCGGGCCAGAUUCCUGGCCGAACGUCCAAGCAGUGCCGCGAGCGAUGGUGUAAUCAUCUGGACCCAAAUAUCAACAAGGGCAAUUACACGCGGGAAGAAGACCAGGUCAUCGUGGACAUGCAAGCCAAGCUCGGCAACCGAUGGAGUGUCAUUGCCCAACAACUCACAGGGCGCACGGAAGACGCGGUGAAAAUCCGAUGGAAGUCGCUCAUGCGCACGCGCCGCAGCUCCCGCGACAACGCCGCCGACGACGACAGUGGCAACUCGGACGAGAACGACGACCAGGCGGCCAAGAAGCCCCCGGCGACCCCCGAGAAGCCCCACGUGAUGGCCAAAGCCCGCGCCAAACCAGCGACCAAGGGGGCAGUUCCACCUUUGUCCAAAGGGGGGACGGCGCCGCCCAAGCCGGCGACCCCCACCGCCACAAGUGUCCGACGCCACCAACCGUCCGACACGUCGUCGCAGCCCCCGUCGUUCAAUUCCAAUGGACUCGCUACCCACCACUACGCGCGGCCGCCAUCUGCCGACUUUUUACACGAGCCCCCUCGCCCCCCCCCCCACCACCACCAACCGCCCUCGUUCAACCCCUACGGCUCGCUCCGUCGAGAAACCCACGGCACGUACAUGCAGCAGCAGCAGCACCCCCCUCCUUUCCAUCCGCCGUCCACGGCCGUGUACAAAACGUCGGCGGCGUACCCUCGCUUGCCAUUCUCCGCACCGCCGUACCCCCCCCAGUAUCACAACCCGUACGAGUACCCGCCCCCGCCCGCUCAUCUCCACCACAUGCCCCCGCCCCCUCCGUACCUCCUGCCGUCCCAGCAUCCCACGCUGCCGUCGGCGUACCGGCUGCACGCAGCGGCAGCGCGCGAGGAGUGGGGCACGUCCUCCCACGCCCCGCAGCUCCCGCACGACCCCGCCGUCUCGUCCGAGUACGACCUGUUCCAUCAACAACGGUUGCGACUCAUGGUCCAGGAGCGCGAGCGCGCGGGUCCGACGCUGUCCCCCGCCGCGUCCCCCGGCCAAGCACUGCUCACCAAGGAACUGGCGGCCAACAGCGAACGCCAGAAGCGCCAAGCCAUCAUGCAAAACGGGUGGAAGCAUGCGGCGGCGGCAUCGGUUGGCGACGACGACGACGAUGCCUCCUUGACACAAGACUUGCACACGACCCCCGCGUACAUUGACCAGGAUGACGACGACGAAGACCAUCACGUGACGGUCCGAUACGGCGCCGACGACGAGUCGCAUUUGGCCCCUCCCGACGACACCAUGGACGACGACGAUCUGCAUGACGACGACGAAGGGUACAGGAGUACGAGUCGCGUCGGUAGUAGUACUAGGACGCGCCGUCAUGUUGUGGUGGCGUUGCCGCCGGUGGAAUAGGUAGUAACUAGUCUAGUAGUAGUAGUAGUAGUACAUACUAGUCGUCGUGUGUUGGGAGGAUAAAACACCCCCGUUAUGUCGUGUUGGUGG